AUGGUACAAACAGUGAAUGCCAAGUUGCUGUCGAGUAUUUUUGACAAAAUACCGACACGACUUAAUGUUGCACUGCUUCUGUUCAUGGCUAGCUUCAUUUCAUAUAUGCUUCGAGUUAAUUUUUCAAUCAUAAUCAUUAAAAUGUCAGCUGAUACGAAUGCAACGACUAUACAAAUUAACUCAUCUUUAACAGCCAGUUCCAGUGAUUUAUUAUUAACAAAUGAAACAGACGUUGUCUAUCGGAGUAGUCAUAAUGAUGAUGACGAUCAGUUUAACUGGGACAAGAAAGCUCAAGGAUUAUUAUUGAGUGCAUAUUUCUAUGGCUACCUGUUUCCCAAUCUUAUUGGUGGAAGUCUGGCUGAAAUGUAUGGCGGACGUAAAGUGGUGUUUUUUACGAUGCUAAUAUCAUCGAUAAUUACAGCAUUAAGUCCAUUCGCAGCCCAUAAUAAUUUCAUAUUUAUGUUCAUCAUGCGAUUCGUCUUGGGUCUUAUGGGUGGCUUUUUAUAUCCAGCAUUACAUCAAAUUAUAUCCAAGUGGGCACCAUUUGAAGAGAAAGGAAAAUUUGUAAGCACAUUGAUGGGUGGAGUCUUUGGAACUGUGAUAAGUUGGCCAUUGACUGGCUACAUUACUGAGCAUUUUGGAUGGAGACAUGCAUUUUAUGCACCUGCUGUGCUGUCUAUGCUGAUUUCAUUUGUAUGGCUGUAUUUUGUACACGAUUCACCAACAGUUCAUCCAAGAAUCACAAAAGCUGAGAAGGAACUAAUUGAGAAAUCUCUUGGAGCUGUUAAAACUGAUAAGAAGAAGCAUUGGCCACCAAUGAAUCAUGUACUUAAAUCUCUCCCAUUUUAUUCACUCGUAUUUCUUCAUUUUGGUGGCACUUUUGGACUCUUCUUCCUUAUAACUGCAGCACCAAAGUUCAUGAGCGAAGUCCUUAAGUUUAAACUUACAGAAGCUGGUAUUCUCAGCAGUCUUCCAUACCUAGCUAGACUUAUUGCUGGUUACAUCUUUGGAAGUAUAGGUGAUACACUUAGGCAUAAGAAAAUACUUGGAACAACAGCUAUUAGAAAGUCGUUCUGUAUAUUCUCUCAUAUCAUUCCUGGAUUGUUUCUCUUAUUGCUCUGUAAAAUUGGAUAUGAUCCUUACAUUUGUGUAGCUGUCAUCACAUUAUCACUUGGAUUUAAUGGAGCUGCAACAAUGACAAAUCUUCAGAAUUCGCAAGAUCUAGCACCAAGCUUUGCCGGUCAAUUAUAUGGAAUAAUCAACUUUGUUGCCACAACUAGUGGAUUUAUAUCGCCGCUGAUUGUAGCUUAUUUCACGCAAGAGAGGAGCACAAUGGACGAGUGGCAAUGGAUAUUUAUCAUUGGCGCUUUCGUUUACAUUCUUCCGGGUUUAUUCUUCAUAGCAUUUGGUAGUGGUGAAGUGCAAAAGUGGAAUGAAGGACAGAGUGAUAGUAAAAGUGAUGAAAAGAAUAAGCCAUAA